AUGGGCGCUCCGGGCGAUGUUGUACGCCCGGACGAAUGCCCGAGCAACCCGGCGCAGCUGUUUCGCCGCGUGCGCUGCCGCCAGAGGCGCCUGGGGGCCCGCGGGCGCGGGAGACCGACGCCCCCGCAGCAGCACCCAGCGGCUCCGGCCGCGGGCGCGGCUGGGGGCACCGGCCCCGCGGAGGCGACGAAGGUGCUCCUGUCGGUUUGGGUCCGGCACUGGCUCGGCGUGGUUGUCGCCAAGGCCAUCGUGGGCGGCGGGACCCCGCCCGGCGACGACGCCAGCCAGAGCGCCUCCGAGGAGGUGCACGCCGAGGCCCAGGCGGCCGCCACGCCCCCGGAGGCCGCGCCCACCUGGCGCCCGGACUUCUACAAGGUGUCCGCGGUGUGGCUGGAAGACCCGGCCCAGGCCGCCGCCGCUCCCGGCGCGGGAGAGGCCGCCCGCAGCGGGGCGGACGCCAGCUCCGGGCGCGGGGAGCCGGCCGCCGAGCCGGCCGGCGAGCAGAGCCUGGAGGACGCGGCCGCGGGGGCGGCCCAGAGGCUGCUCGACAGGCUGCGGCUGAGGGCUCUCGAGGACGACCCGCGCGGCGGCCCGGGCUGCCGCCUCGCCGCGGCCGCGCUGCGCCCGGGCGCCGCGCCGCGGUCUGCCCUCCGGCGUGGCGGGCCGCGCGGCGUGCCGAGCGGGCCCCUGCUGAGCGUUCGCUGCGUGAGGUUCAACCUGGGCGCCUCCACCGUGCACUACGUGAAGCCCUACAGGGAGAUCUACGGCGCGCCCCUGUCGCAGCUCCGGGUGGACGAGCACAUGUGCCUGGUCCCCCGCGGCGACCACGCCAGCAGCGAGAGCGACGACGACGAUUCCGAGGAUGAGCACGGGGAGCACGAGCCCCGCGCCGAGGCGGCAGUCUGA